AUCUAUAUGUUAGUUCACUUCAGUGCACAAUCUCUUACUGGCGCUAUUAGAUGAAUAAAUGCUUUUGCUCUACUCAUCCCGUGCACAUCUUGUGAGAGCAGCAGAGUAAAUUCUUUUAUUCGUGUGUCCUAUUGUUUGAUAUCUGCAGUGAAGUAAACGGCGGUUUCUGGCGGUGGUGAACAUAAACUCGAGUUUUCAGUAGAAAAAAAAUCAUUUAACACUGAACUUGGUUUUCAAUGUUAAAGAAAAAAGAUAAAGAUUAAAGAACAUUCGAAUACACAAAAGUGCACCAAUCCAAGAAAAAUGUAUAACGACUACCAAGAAAUGCAAAAUUUAAACUACGUUGUGGCGGUUGAAAGCGAUCAAAUAAAACCAGAAAACAUUAAAACCGACCCAAACUGUUUCGAUCAGCCCGAUCUGAUCGAUCUAACCACGCUUCCGCCAUCACCGCCAUCACAUCACUAUCAAUCUGAUUUUGACAAUGAAUUUAAACAUAUUAUGGAGGCAGUGAGCGUAACUAAUAAUUUUUCAGAAAGUAAUGCUUUAGCUGUUUCACACCCUAAGUCCGACAACACACUGCUUGCAUAUCCGGGUAACAGUCGUUUGACGCCUCCACUAACUCCAGAUCAUACUGACAGUACUAAUAUGUAUUAUACACUGGAAGCUUCGAACUACACUGGAGUCAAUAAUGGGAUGUAUGUAAUGACGAAUGAGUACGGAAAUGAUCCAAAUUAUCCAGUAAUCCAAAAUCCUAACAAUCCCGUAGUGACGAUUCCAAUAAAUUAUUCACAUUAUCAACAAUAUCCAUCUGCAUACACCGUAAUCAUGCCUCAGGACUUAUACCAUGGUCAACCAGCAGUCCAUUCGGUGCUAACUAUUCCGACACCGGAGCCAUCACCGGAGGAACCCUCACCAACAUUCGUACCAUAUGAAUCAGCGAUUCCUGACCAGCCGAUCGGUUCUGAUAAUGGGCUUUCAGCUAGUGAUUCAAAAACCACCGUUUAUGUAUCACUCAACAGAGGAAAACGGAAACGCGACUACCUUAAAUACGACGGAGAGUACACCUGUGAGCUGUGUGAUCGAACUUUCGCCCGUAGCUCGACCCUGAAGCAGCACAAUAACACUAAACAUUCCGGUCCACGGCAGCACCGGUGCUCGCAGUGCGGCAAACGAUAUCAAUUCCUGGCCGAGCUGGAGGCACACGAAAAACGGCACAAACCCUCGGAAAAACAUUUCGUCUGCCCAGAAUGUCCGAGACGGUUCUACCGCCAAAUGGAUAUGAGGCGGCAUUUUAAUCAACACCACGGACAGAAUGACUUUCAGUGCCCACAAUGUGGCCGCAAAUAUGGACGACGUGAUCAGCUAAGGGUGCAUUUACUGUGUCAUGCCAAGCAAACUGACCGCAGAAAAAAUUGCUUAACCGAACAAGUUCUAGGCAAACUAGAGGACAACUCGAUUGUUGGUUGAUUUUUUUAUCCUUAAGUAAGAGUUAACUUAUUUAGUUUUUGUUCUGUAUAUUUAUUUUAGGGGAAACUGUUUUUUGUUGCUUAAUAAAGACGAUUCGUAUGUGAUAAUA